GCCCCCGGAUGGAUCCUGGGGUCAUGCGGUUAGUCAGAGAGACGCCGAACACAGACAUUCCGGGGAGAAAUGAGGGAUUCGGGGUUGGCCUCGGAGAUGAUGAAGAGAGAAAGUGAAGAUGGAAGAUGAAGCCGGGAGCAGUCGGUCAGCCGAUGCCAAGAUCCCGGAAAGGAAAAUUGCAUUCCUCCUCAUCACGACAUCUGCUUCUUCUUCUUCUGCUUCUGCUUCAUCAUCUUCUUUUCUAUCUUCAAUUCCUCUACACAAUCAAUACACAGGUAAACUCGAGCCAAGUCCCAGGGUACAGAAUUAAUCCCCACACAUUCCGAGUCCCCCAACUGCGGAAGACAUUCCUCGACCCACGGCCCACCACAAACCAGUACGUAGGCCGAUUUCGCCCCGAAAUCGAAUCCAUCCGGGACCUGGAACAUUCUUUUCCAAUCCGUUCCCGUUCGCAGGGACGGGUCAGUUUCUCCGACACCAGCCAGGAUGACUUGGCACUCGCGCCUUCCACCGGACAAAUUCAAACUAGCUCCCUAAACCUAUGACGAUGCCAAAUGUCCCUAGAGACGGGUUACAUCAUGAAAACAAGGAUCAAGCCCUCUCAGGUUUCAACACUUGAAAAAAAGCGUCGCGAUCGACAACCCGGAAAUUUGACUUCAGCCAACCACAGCAGACGUAGAAUCGCCGGGAUAUUCCCGCCCCCUGUCGCGUUUCCACUCCGUCGCAUGAAUUACCUCACUGGUCGUUCCAACUUCAAAGUUCAAACUG